CUGAGCUGGGAGCAGGACCUGUUUAUGCGGAUUCUCAGGGUAAUCAAUCCCCAGCCCUCCCACCUGGACCUCAGCUGCUCUGGAGAAGUCUCAUCGUAAGGAUUCUUUCGUUGUUACCUCACUAUGAAGCGACUGCUUUCACAGGGGCACCAGGUUAAGCCCCACUGGUUUCACCAUGUCCGAAGGUAACAUGUCACUGAAAAGCGAGUCACGAGUGAAUACCUCGGCACUGCAGAAAAUCGCUGCCGACAUGAGCAACUUGAUAGAAAACCUGGACACUCGGGAGCUGCAUUUCGAAGGAGAGGAGGUGGACUAUGAUGUGUCACCCAGUGACCCCAAGGCUCAGGAAGUGUAUAUCCCUUUCUCUGCCAUUUAUAACACUCAAGGAUUUAAGGAGCCUAAUAUACAGACGUAUCUCUCCGGAUGUCCGAUAAAAGCGCAAGUUCUGGAAGUGGAGCGUUUCACGUCUACGUCAAGGGUAGCAAGUAUCAAUUUGUACACUAUUGAAUUAACCCAUGGGGAAUUUAAAUGGCAAGUUAAGAGGAAAUUCAAGCACUUUCAAGAGUUUCACAGAGAACUGCUUAAGUACAAAGCCUUCAUCCGCAUACCCAUUCCCACCAAAAGGCACACAUUUAGAAGACAAAAUGUCAAAGGGGAGGAACCUCGAGAAAUGCCCAGUUUGCCCAGUUCACAUGAAAAUACAAUUCAAGAAGAACAGUUCUUUGGAAGAAGGAAACAACUGGAAGAUUACCUGACCAAGAUACUAAAAAUGCCCAUGUAUAGAAACUAUCAUGCUACUACAGAAUUCCUUGAUAUAAGCCAGUUAUCUUUCAUCCGUGAUUUGGGACCAAAGGGCUUAGAAGGGAUGAUCAUGAAAAGAUCUGGGGGACACAGAAUACCAGGUCUGAAUUGCUGUGGUCAGGGGAGAGCCUGCUACAGAUGGUCAAAAAGGUGGUUAAUAGUGAAAGAUUCCUUUUUAUUAUAUAUGAAACCAGACAGUGGUGCUAUUGCCUUUGUCCUGCUGGUAGAUAAAGAAUUUAGCAUUAAGGUGGGGAAGAAAGAGACAGAAACAAAAUAUGGACUUCGAAUUGAUAAUCUUUCAAGGACACUUAUUUUAAAAUGCAACAGCUACAGACAUGCUCGUUGGUGGGGAGGAGCUAUAGAAGAAUUCAUCCAGAAACAUGGCACCAACUUCCUCAAGGAUCAUCGGUUUGGGUCCUAUGCUGCUAUCCAGAAUGACACGUUAGCUAAAUGGUAUGUUAAUGCCAAAGGAUAUUUUGAAGAUGUGGCAAAUGCAAUGGAAGAAGCAAGAGAAGAGAUUUUUAUCACAGAUUGGUGGUUGAGUCCAGAAAUCUUCCUUAAACGUCCAGUAGUAGAAGGAAAUCGUUGGAGGUUGGACUGCAUUCUUAAGCGAAAAGCACAACAAGGGGUGAAGAUCUUCAUAAUGCUCUACAAAGAGGUGGAGCUCGCUCUGGGAAUCAAUAGUGAAUACAGCAAGAGGACUUUAAUGCGGCUGCACCCCAACGUCAAGGUGAUGAGGCACCCGGAUCAUGUGUCGUCCAGCGUUUAUUUAUGGGCUCAUCAUGAGAAACUUGUCAUCAUCGAUCAGUCAGUGGCCUUUGUAGGUGGGAUUGACCUGGCCUACGGCAGGUGGGAUGACAAUGAACAUAGACUCACAGAUGUGGGAAGUGUGAAGCGAGUCAUUUCAGGCCCGUCCCUGGGAUCGCUAGCAGCUGCCGUCACAGACUCUAUGGAAUCCUUAGGCCUCAAAGAUAAAAAUGAAUCUAAUAAAACUGUUGCCAGCAUGAAGAGUCCUGAUGAGACAGACUCAAAACUGAAAGGUGUAGGAAAGCCACGAAAGUUGUCCAAACUUAACCUCUACCGGCAGCUCCACUGGCACCAUCUGCAUAGCGCGGACAGUGUCAGCAGCCUGGACAGCGCCUCCAGUUAUGUUAAUCACUAUAGAAGUCAUCAGAAUUUAAUCCAUGGUUUAAAACCCCACUUGAAACUCUUUCGCCCUUCCAGUGAGUCUGAGCAGGGACUCACUAGACACAGCACCGAUACUGGCUCCAUCCGCAGCUUACAGACUGGCGUGGGAGAGCUACAUGGGGAGACCAGAUUCUGGCAUGGGAAGGACUACUGCAACUUUGUCUUCAAAGACUGGGUUCAACUGGAUAAACCUUUUGCUGAUUUCAUUGACAGGUACUCUACCCCCCGGAUGCCCUGGCAUGACAUUGCCUCUGCAGUCCAUGGGAAGGCAGCUCGAGAUGUGGCACGCCACUUCAUCCAGCGAUGGAACUUCACAAAGUUGCUCCGCUCUGCUGCUGAUUGGUCUGCUGGUAUAAAGUACCAUGAAGAGUCUAUCCACACUGCUUAUGUCCACGUGAUAGAGAACAGCAAGCACUAUAUCUACAUUGAAAACCAAUUUUUUAUAAGCUGUGCUGAUGACAAAGUUGUGUUCAACAAGGUGGGCGACGCCAUCGCGCAGAGAAUCCUGAAGGCUCACAGGGAAGGCCGGAGAUAUCGGGUGUAUGUAAUAAUACCCCUGCUGCCGGGAUUUGAAGGAGACAUUUCAACUGGAGGAGGAAAUGCUCUGCAGGCCAUAAUGCACUUCAACUACAGAACCAUGUGCAGAGGAGAAAAUUCCAUCCUUGGACAGUUAAAAACAGAGCUUGGUAAUCAGUGGAUAAAUUACAUUUCAUUCUGUGGUCUUAGGACACAUGCUGAGCUUGAAGGAAGCCUAGUCACUGAGCUUAUCUAUGUCCACAGCAAGUUGUUAAUUGCUGAUGAUAACACUGUUAUUAUUGGCUCUGCCAACAUAAAUGACCGAAGCAUGCUGGGGAAACGUGACAGUGAGAUGGCUGUCAUUGUGCAGGACACAGAGAUGAUCCCAUCAGUAAUGGAUGGACAAGAGUACCAAGCUGGCCGGUUUGCUCAAGGACUGCGGCUCCAGUGCUUCAGGGUUGUCCUUGGUUAUCUUUCUGACCCAAGUGAGGACCUUCAAGAUCCAGUGAGUGACAAAUUCUUCAAGGAGGUGUGGGUUUCAACAGCAGCUCGGAAUGCUACAAUUUAUGACAAGGUGUUCCGGUGCCUUCCCAAUGAUGAAGUGCAUAACUUAAUGCAACUGAGAGACUUUAUAAACAAGCCCAUAUUAGCAAAGGAAGAUCCCAUCAGAGCUGAGGAAGAACUAAAAAAGAUCCGAGGGUUCUUGGUUCAAUUCCCCUUUUAUUUCUUAUCUGAAGAAAGCCUGUUGCCUUCUGUUGGAACCAAAGAAGCCAUAGUGCCCAUGGAGGUUUGGACUUAAAAGAUUUACUUGUCUGCAGCAAAAAGACUUCUCCUCUGAAGCCCACAAUGUGCACACUGACUUCAUGGGGGCCUCAUAGCCUAUUAUAGGCUGAUGCACUCUCAGGGCCAACACAUGGACCUUGGAAAAUGGCUGUGGUCCUACUGAUAUAAGGACGCUGAACAUCAGCAAAGUUUAUAAUUCCUUUUCCCAUCCUUGUCAAAGGGGGAUCCAUUCUUGUUGGUAGUCUUUCUUCAAUGCCUUAAAUCAUAAGCAAAUUCCAUGGCAUAGGCCAAAAUCCAUUUGUUAAUAAGAAUUUGUGUGUGACUGUGAUCCAGGUUGCCAGAAGUUGCCCGAGCUUCCUUCUGGUUCUGUGACCUCCAUGUGCACAGCCACUGUCUGCUGGACUUGGCCCCAUCAUUCGGUCUACACAGUGCCUUUUCUUGCUAAACGACAUUGGAAAGCUGCGUGAAGCUUCCUCCAGUUUACAGGGAUGCCCUGCAGAAGUAGUGUUCACCCAGUCAAGGAUGUGGUCAUUGUUUCUUGUCCGCUUCUGUAGGGGCAGGAAGCCUAGCCUACACAGCAGUCCACACUUCUGGUAACAUUAAUACUGUAUCUUGACACCACAGAGUAACAAGAAGGAAUUAAACUCCAGGACUGAAGCAGAGAUUUCACUUUGUUCCCCAAAGCACCGCCAAGAUGCAUUUUUUUGAUAGAGCCCAAGUGAUCAAACUUGAAAACAUGUUUAGGAUACACAGAUCAAACUGAGAUGGAGCACACAUUCUUCAGAAACUUCCAGUGUCAGUAGGAACCCGAUAUUCAUAAGAUUCUUUACAGUCUUGUGAAUUUUUUGUCAUCUUUGAUUGAUUGGAAUUUCAAUUUCUUCAUUUCAUAAUCAAAUGAGUGAAUACAAUUUGCCUAGCAAGAGAAUCAAAGGUUUCCUACCAAGUUAAUGACUCUAACCUUGUUUGACAUUCACUGUUAUUAUACUUAAGAAGAAAUGAUUAUAAAAUAUAUGCUGUUUUUCUUGCAUUAUUAAAUAUGUGUUAAUAUUCCACCAGGGCUUUCAAAGAAUUUAGGAUAUUCUUAUAGAUUGAAGAUGUAAAAGAGGCCUCUGAGCAAUAAACCGGGUACAGGUCCAGGGAUUCUACACAUGGACAGAAUCUCCUUAAGGUUCUUCAAUGCAAGUACCCAGUCUCUAUUUUCAUGAACUCACACUCAGGUCAGAAGGAUUGGAGAAGACCACAGAGACAGUGAAACAUACUAAUAGAAUAGUGUCAUACCUGAGAGGAUUUCACACCUAGAGAAAUAAGGUGAAACUUUGUAAGCAGCUCUGGAAAUGAGUAUUAAUGAAUAAAUAACUCAUUUUUCAUAGGACUGUAGAUGGUAAAAUGAUUUAAUUACUUAGGUUUUAUAAAUGAGACAUUUUAUAUUGAUGAAAGCUUGGAUUGACCUUUGAAGUACUGAGUGUAUGUGGAAUACCUAAAGAUUGCUGUAUUUUAUUUUAAAAUAUUUUGUAAACCUUAGAACAAUGAACAAACCAGCCUUGGAUUUAUGCAAAUUAUUCUUAGAAAAAAAUGUGAAAAAUAAAGGGUCCUAAAUAGAGCCCCUUUUUGGG